AAAAAAAAAAAAAAAAAAAAAGCAGCGAGGAUACGAGGAGCAUACAGUCGAGCCAUGGCUGCACGGGAGGAAGGAGAGGUUUUGCACAGUAAAAUAAGGCACCACGACGGAGCUGGGAGUGUAAACAGCUCAGAGGGCUUCAGGAACGGCUAUGUGAAGAGCUGCGUCACCCCUCUCAAACAGGACCAUCAGAGGGGCUUUUUGUUCAACGUGUGCAGGUUUUGCAACGAAGACGUACUUAAUUCAAAAUUGUUAAAGGUCUCUGCCCUGUACGUCGGCGCGUUUGUGAUCUUCGCGCUUUCUUUUCUCAUUUCUAGGAGCUUGCAAAGUGACUCGCUCUGGGAUUUGCGGACUUUUCUGUCGGGCUUCUCCCAGUCCAUCAGUCCUCUGUUCAGCAUAGGAUGUGCGUUCUUCUUUCUAACGUUUUACCUGAGGAGGAAAAAGAAGGAGAGCAGCAAAUGUUGGCUCGUGUCACUGCCAGCAUCGUGUUACCUCGGGGAUUUUUUGGUUUUGCGGUUUUUGCAAUGGGGAGAGGACCAACACCAGAUGCAAAUGGUGGGCAGGUUGUUAUUCGUGUUGGGAUGUGUGGGUCUGCUCACCCUGAUCCCCACUCUCAAACUCAAACACAGUGUUCUUAUACUGGUGUUCGCCAGCGUUGUGUGGCUGGUUUCUUUCACAAGUUUGAGCGGUCUGCCCGCACUGCUCAGACCGCUCUUCGCCUGCUUUGCGGGGGUUUCUGGAUCCCUGCUGGGGCUCUGCUUUGACCGCUACUACCCGUCGAGGGAAGCGCCGAGUGGGAUUUCCACCGCGGAGGAAAAGGUCCCUGUGAUCAGACCUAGGAGAAGGUCCAGUUGUGUUUCACUGGGGGAAACGUCGACCAGCUAUUAUGGCAGUUGUAAAAUGCCUCGCAGACCUUCGUUGCCCUGUAUAUCCAGAGAACAGAUGAUCUUGUGGGACUGGGAUCUGAAACACUGGUACAAACCACAGUAUCAGGGUGCAGUGAGCGGCAACGGCGUUGAUCUUUCUGUCAUAAACGAGGCCAGGAACAUGGUGUCAGACCUGCUGAUGGACUCGUCUCUGACGCCACAGACCAUCUCAGCCCUGCGAAGCAUCUCCAGCCUCAUGGGGACAUUUUCAGGCUCGUGUCGCCCCAGGGUCAACCCCUUCACCCCCUUCCCAGGUUUCUAUCCCUGCGACGAGGUGGAGGACCCCGUAGAGAGGAGUGACAGGAAAACUAUUAAGGGUUUGAGCAGUAGAAACAGCCUCCCCACCCCUCAGCCCAGGCGGAGUUCCACCUCCUCCUCGUGCUCCUUGCUCCCUCCGCUUGACUCCGCCUCUUUGCGCUGGGAGCGCAACAAUGGCAAGAGACCCCACCCUGACCUCAACUUGACCAGCCCAGGUCUGUCUAAUGGGCCAAAUGCAAACCUGCUCACCAUUCCCAAACAGAGGUCUUCCUCUGUUACCCUCACCUACCAUGCAGGGCCCAGAAGAGCAGGCACAUCUCCGAGCCUGAGCCCAGUCACCUCUCCAAGCCAUGGCCCCCUCGCAGUAGGUACAGGUUCUUCAUUGUCCCUUGUCACUCGACCGCCUGUGGAGUUCCCAGACACAGCUGACUUCCUGACAAAGCCGAGUGUCAAUCUGAACCUGCACAAGCCCUUGGGUUAUACUCUCAGCUCACCUGAUUUCCAGCAGGCCUUCCGUAGCUCCAGCUUUCCUCUCUGCACCAGUUGUGGUCGUCAGAUGCUGAAGGGAGUUUCCAGCGGUGAUACAGGGGAAUCUCAUCAACCAUUUACCAGUGAGGCUCAACGCAGGCGCUCAGCAGGUGAAGGGCUGGAAUACGCAGGAGAGCCUCUGAUCAGGGAAGAGAGCGUGGAGGUGGACGUGUCUGGGGAUGGAAGGCCGGACGUUGCAGGGAACCAAGGGCAGGAAGAAGAGAAGGAGAAGGAGAAGAGCUCGAGCACAGACCAGCAGACUCAGGAAUCAGAGGGUGAGCAGGAGUUCAGACUAGAUCCUAUGCUGGAGGACCAUGAGGCUGUCAUGGAGAGGAUGAACACCUGGAACUUCCAGAUCUUUGACCUGGUGGACAAAACAGGAGGGAAGACCGGAAGAAUACUCAGCUAUGUGACGUACACCCUUUUCCAGGAUACGUGUCUGUUUGAAAUUUUCAAGAUCCCUGUGAGGGAGUUCAUGACAUACUUCUGUGCUCUGGAAAAUGGCUACAGGGACAUUCCCUAUCAUAACCGGGUCCACGCUACUGAUGUGCUCCAUGCUGUCUGGUACCUGACCACUCGACCAAUCCCUGGGUUCCAGCAGAUUCACAGUGAGCAUGUGACAGGAAGUGACACAGAUUCAGAUAGUGGGAUCUCUCCAGGCAGGAUAUCCUACGCCUCCUCUAAAAGCUCCUCGAUUUCAGAUGACAGCUAUGGCUGCCUGGCCUGGAACAUACCCGCCCUGGAGCUCAUGGCCCUUUAUGUAGCAGCUGCAAUGCACGACUAUGACCACCCCGGUCGCACAAAUGCCUUUCUCGUAGCCACUAAUGCACCUCAGGCAGUGCUGUACAAUGACAGGUCAGUGCUGGAGAACCACCAUGCUGCGUCUGCCUGGAGCCUCUACCUGUCCCGGCCAGAGUUCAACUUCCUGGUCAACCUGGAUCACGUGGAGUUCAAGCGUUUUCGCUUCCUUGUCAUCGAGGCUAUACUGGCCACAGACCUCAAGAAGCACUUUGACUUCCUGGCUGAGUUCAAUGCUAAGGUAAAUGAUGUGAACAGUCCAGGAAUUGAUUGGACCAAUGAGAAUGACAGACUGCUGGUGUGUCAAGUGUGUAUCAAGCUGGCAGAUAUUAAUGGACCAGCCAAAGUCCGUGACCUACACCUCAAGUGGACAGAGGGCAUCGUCAAUGAGUUUUAUGAGCAGGGAGAUGAGGAGGCUAGGUUGGGAUUACCCAUCAGUCCCUUCAUGGACCGCUCCUCUCCGCAGCUUGCAAAGCUACAGGAGUCCUUCAUCACUCAUAUCGUAGGACCACUGUGUAACUCCUACGAUGCUGCUGGCCUACUUCCUGGCCACUGGAUUAACCAAGAGGGAUCAGAUGAAGACGACGAAGAGGGGCAGGUGGACACGGACACAGAUGAAGAGGAAGAUGAAGACGAAGAGCUAGAGGAUGAGCUGGCACCAAAAAGGAGGAAGAGCCGCCGCAGGCUGUUCUGCUGCAUCAUGCAGCACCUGACGGAGAACCACAAGGUGUGGAAGAAGACCAUCGAGGAGGAGGAGAAGAGCAAAGAGCUCAGCAAGCAGCAGCAGCCCGACAGCCUGCUCCCCAACCUGCCAGCCAGCCUGCCCACCUCCCCGUCUGAUGACAUCCAGGUCAUCCAGGAGGAGGAGGAGGGAGAGGAGCGUCAGUAGCAGGAGGACGAAGGAAAGAACAGAGAUACGUGAAAAAGAAGAAGAGGAGAGGCAGCGUAAGGACAUGAGUCCUGCCUUUCACCAACAUAAAGACAGACACUCGCAGACAGUUGACAAAUGCACAUAAAACACACUUUGCUCCCUCUCUCUCUCUCACAG